AUGAAUCCCAAGGAGAAUGCUAAUGUAGUAACUUUGAGAAGAGGGAAGCAAUAUGAUCCACCUAGUCCUCCAAUGCCUAGUAAAUUGUCAUCCAAGCCACAAGUUGAUUGCUCGCUUGAUGAAGAUGUGCCUCCAAAGCCAACCAACCCUACACAACCAACCCCUAAGCUUACUUUUGUCACCCCACCUCAUUUCCCAAGCAGACUGAAGAAGACUAAAAAGGAAGAGGUUGACAAGGAAAUUCUUGAUACAUUUUGCAAGGUAGAAGUGAAUAUUCCUCUUCUUGACGCUAUUAAACAAAUGUCUCGCUAUGCCAAGUUUUUGAAAGAAUUGUGCACUAAUAAGCGUAAGUUGAGGGGUAAUGAAAAAGUUAGUGUGGGGGAGAAUGUUUCUGCAGUUCUUCAAAAGAAACUUCCACCAAAGUGUAAAGAUCCUAAUACUUUCACUAUCCCUUGCACUAUUGGUAAUAAAAGAAUUGAGUGUUGUAUGUUAGAUUUGGGAGCCUCUAUAAAUGUCAUGCCAUUCUCCAUUUAUGCUUCAUUGAAUCUCGGUCCACUUGAAGAAACAUGGGUGAUUAUUGAUAGGUCGAAUGCUUAUCCCAGGGGUGUAAUAGAAGAUGUUUUAGUUCAAGUGAAUGAAUUGGUGUUUCCAGCAUAUUUCUAUGUUCUUGAUAUGGAAGAUGAAUCCAUUUCAUGCUCCACUCCAAUUUUGUUGGGAAGACCAUUCAUGAAAACUGCAAGAAUCAAGAUUGAUGUGCAUGACAGUACAUUGACCAUGGAAUUUGACGGGGAAACAAUUCGAUUCAACAUUUUUGAGGCUAUGAGGUAUCCAAGUGAUGUACAUGUUGUUUACUCUCUUGAUGUGUUGGAUAUAUUUUCUCAACGAGUCUUAGAUUUGCAUAAUGAAGUCUGUUUGGAGGUUGCGUUGAGAGAGCAUCUUGUAUUGACCAAUGAAGAUUUUUCUUAUGAGAUCAUGGAUGUCAUAACCGCACUCAAUAGUGGUUUAGACAAGAAUUUUAAGAAGGUUGCAUUUAUGGAUUUACCGAUUUCUAAUGAGAAAUUUCAGCCAUCAAUUGUUCAAGCUCCCACUCUUGAAUUGAAGUCCAUUGGGUGGUCUAUUGCUGAUAUUAAGGGGAUUAACCCUUCUAUGUGGAUGCACCAGAUUUUACUUGAAGAAUGGUCUAAACCAACACGUGAGGCACAACGAAGAUUAAAUCCACCUAUGAUGGAGGUUGUGAAAAAGGAGAUAUUGAAACUCCAUAGUGUGGGUAUUAUUUACCCAAUUUCAGACAGUCAAUGGAUUGUUAUUGCUCCUGAAGAUCAAGAGAAGACAACCUUCACAUGCCCUUUUGGUACAUUCGCUUUUCGACUCAAAGGAAUAGAGGUUGAUAAGGAAAAGAUUGAUUUAAUUCGUUCUCUACCACCUCCGACUAGUGUGAAAGAAGUGAGAUCAUUCCUUGGGCAUGUCGAGUUCUAUAGGAGAUUUAUCAAGGAUUUCUCUAAAAUCUCCACACCACUAUGCAACCUUCUUCAAAAAGAUGUAAAGUUUGAGUUUAAUGAAAAAUGUUUAGUGGCUUUCAACUUAUUAAAAGAGUCUUUGACUACAUCUCCUAUAAUUCAGCCACCAAAUUGGGAGUUGCCUUUUGAACUCAUGUGUGAUGCGAGUGACUAUGUCGUGGGUGUUGUUCUUGGGCAGCGAGUUGACAAGCUCCCUCAUGUUAUAUGCUAUGCUUCUCGCACUCUUAAUGAUGCCCAACUUAAUUAUUCCACCACUAAAAAAGAGCUCUUAGUGGAGAUAAAAGACAAGAAGGGUUCUGAGAAUUUGGUGGCAGACCACUUGAGUCGUCUUAUUUGGGAUGAAGAUAAUUUUCCCAUGGAUGAAAAAUUUCCCGAUGAGCAACUCCUCACCAUGCAAGAAGUUAUUCCUUGGUAUGCUGGCAUUGUCAACUACCUUGCUUCAAAGGAGUUACCAAGUGAUCUCACACAAGCACAAUAG